AGCAAAGCAGAGCAGCGGCCUCUCCCGGUCCUGUUCUCCGUGCGAUGCGCGGCUGCACUGCGGUGUGCCUCCAAGCUCGAUCGAGCCAUGACCUCCCCGCAACCUCCCGCUCCGGCGGAUCGCCGGCGCAAGCACACGAUCUACCAUGGCCACCGCCGCGCGUCCCCGCACCGCCCCACCGUCCGCGGCGGCCUCCUCACGCACCUCCGCACCACCUCCCCGAGACCCCACCCCUCCCCCUCCUCCUCCUCCUCCGCCGCCGCCACUACUACUGUUCCCUUCCGCCUCCCCGACUGGGACCCCUCCUCCCCAUCGCCCUCCCCUCCCUCGCCGCCGACGCCGUCGCAUUCCACCUCCGCCGCCUCCCGCCGCCUCUCCCCGCUCGCGCGGUUCCUCCUCGACGCCCUCCGCCGGCACCAGCGCUGGGGCCCUCCCGUCGUUGCAGACCUCUCCAAGCUCCGCCGCGUGCCGCCCACGCUCGUGGCCGAGGUCCUCAGCGCGCACCCGCCCCCACCUCCCCCGCUCGCACUCCCCUUCUUCCACUGGGCCGGCCGCCAGAAGGGUUUUCGGCACUGCUUCCCUGCGUUCCACGCUCUCGCUUCGCUCCUCUCCGCCGCGGGCCUCCCCGCCGCCGCUGAUCAGCUCCCUGACCUCAUUCGCGCCCACGGCAAGCCCGUCUCCCACCCUCAGCUCACACUCCUUGUCCGGCUCCACACAGCCGCGAGACGCCCACUCCGUGCGCUCUACACGCUUCGCCGGUUUCGGCACGAGUUCUCUGUCCAGCCCCAGGUCCACGCAUGCAACCGCGUCCUCGGUGCACUGGCUGCAGCCGGGCAUGUUGAGGAUGCUCUAAAGCUGUUCGAUGAAAUGUCAGAGGGUGGUGUGAGGCCUAUGCCGGUGACAUUUGCAAUCAUUGUGCGUGCGUUGGGUCAUGCAGGGAUGACAGAGAGGAUCCUUGAGAUGAUUGGGAGGAUGCGGGAUGAGGUGUGUCGGCCGGACGUGUUUGUGUACACUGCGCUGGUCAAGACGAUGAUGCGCAGAGGGCAUAUAGAGGGUUGCAUCAGGGUGUGGGAAGAGAUGGGGACAGAUGGUGUGGAGCCCGACGCAAUGGCAUAUGCAACAAUGGUUGGGGGGCUAUGCAACGCGGGGAUGGUAGAGCAGGCAGCAAAGCUGUUUGAGGAGAUGAGGAAAAAGGGGUUGUUGGUUGACCGGACGGUGUUUGCGUCGCUCGUUGAUGGGUAUGUCGCUGAUGGGAGGGUUGGGGAUGGCUGUAGAGUGUUGAAGGAGAUGGUGGAUGCUGGCUACCGUGCUGACCUGGGAACAUACAACACACUCAUUGGCGGGCUGUGUGGUAUAGGUCGGGAGGAUAAGGCAUAUAAGAUGUUUCAGAUCAUACUUCAGGAGGAGCUGGUGCCAAGCUCUGAGACUGUUUCACAGUUGCUAGUUUGCUAUGCCGAUAAGGGUGAGAUGAUUAAGAUUUUUGGAUUGGUUGACAAACUGGUGGAGCUGAGAUUGCCUGCCACAGAUUAUUUGGUGGACUUCUUGAAGCUCUUUGCAUGCAAGGAUGGUAGGGAAUUGAAAGCUGUGGAAGUGUUUGACACUAUGAGACAAAGAGGGUACUACAGUGUCAGCACUUAUAACAUUAUUAUUGAGAAUCUGCUGAAGAUCAAGGAGAGGAAGAAAGCAUUAUUACUGUUUGAGGAAAUGCAAGGUUCAGAUGACUGUAAGCCAGAAUCAUGUACAUACAGUCAUAUGAUCCCAUGUUUUGUGGAAGAAGGAAAUAUUGAAGAGGCUUGCUCAUGCUACAACUCCAUGAUGAAGGCAGAAUGGAUACCAAGCAUUUCAGCCUAUUGCUCUCUUGUCAAAGGGCUAUGCAAGAUUGGGGAAAUAAAUGCAGCUGUUUCACUUGUUACAGAUUGUCUAGGAAAUGUAGAAAAUGGGCCUAUGGAAUUCAAGUACACCUUGACUAUCCUUGAAGCUUGCCGGUCAAAAAGUCCAGAGAAAGUCAUGAAAGUGGUGGAUGAGAUGAUUGAAUUAGGCUAUUCAGUAGAAGAGAUUAUCUUUUGUGCUAUUAUUUAUGGCUUCUGCAAGUAUGCAACUUCAACUGAAGCAAGAAAAGUGUUCUCUGUCAUGAGAGAUCGAAAUAUCAUUUCAGAAGCUAAUUUUAUUGUUUACGAGGAUAUGCUGAAUGAGCACUUGAAGAAGGUCACUGCAGACUUGGUGAUAUCUGGAUUGAAGUUUUUUAACCUUGAAUCAAAGUUGAAAUGGAGAAGCGGAAUUGAUUAAAAUAUGUUUGUACAGUUACUAGGUACCGUAUGCUUAUCUUCAUUUCGGGAUUGUGUCAUUUAAAUAUGAGAUUAUAACAAUUGAUUGGGAUUUCUAACCACAAUGUGCCACACUGUGAGUUUAAUGUUCCAUUAUUUAAUAAGUAGCACCGCUGAUUUAAACUCUUACUGGGAAGUCUGAUAACCUACCUAUUCCGGUAUGGCAUGCAAGGAUCAUAACAUCAGGCUUGCCAGAGCUGAUAUAUAGACAUAUCACAUACUUAUACCAAGUUAUGAGUGAUUCAUAUUCCCUACCAGACCUUUUCUCAAGCUGGUCUUCCUAGAAAAGGCAUUCAUGUAUUGCAUGUGAAAAGAAGAAGGCAGCAACUGGGGGCGAUUCUGGAUGGGUUUCAUAACUAGUGUGGCUUUUAUAAACAUGGGUGUACCUACACGUACUAGCAGUUUGGAUACCUCUACUGCAUUGAAAGAUAUUUAAUAAACCAUGUGUAUGCACUGUCAAGUCACAGGGCUACAGGUGCAGAUAUCAUUUGUUGUAUCGCAGAUCAGGAAACACUGUUACUGAUGCAUUCACCAAAUCACGGCAAGGCGGCUGGUGGUCAUCAGGGCUCUAGGGAACCCAGAGCUUCGAGCACCCUCUGAUUGAAGUCAAAUAGUAAAACAAUACGGCCAGCUGGUCAAGUAUACGAGAUCUAUGGUGUGCUACCUGCAAGGUUGAUGCAAAGGAUGCAAGCAAGUCACUCAACUUAUCUCUGGAAGCAUGCAUAUGCAUGACCACUGUUGAUGAGGCCAUGCAUAUCAUUUUUUCUGCAGAUCGGUUGAGAAGAUUUAUUUAUUUUUGAACAUUGGUCGAGAAGAUCCGAGCAGGCCGCUGCAAGGUAGCUAUCACACAGCUAACACAAAUCAAAACUAUAUAUAUCAAGGCUUUAUAUCUUCUUUUCUUGGGGUAAUCUUCGAUCUCCGCACGCAAUCUAUGUAUGUAAUUUCAGCUUGAAUUAAUGUAACACAUUGGAGAAUGCUCAGCGUCAAUGAAAUCAUCACACUUGAAAGGGAAAUUAGGUACAAAGGCUCUGACUUGUGAUGUAGGGACAGGCAUGUAUCAACUAACCAACUGGAUUAGCUUCGCCCAUUAUAUUCUUGGCCUGGGUCAUAUGGGAAAACUGUGACCAAACCACUCCUAAUUGCCGCAAAGAUGAAACUUUUGAGUAAGUAAUCAAGAAUCUUCUUUUAUUC